UUCUCUGUAGACUUGUCAGGUCCUGGAGCCUGCCGUCAGCCUUUCAGCUUUCGUGGCAGUGCCGGUAACGCAGAACCUCUGUGGUAUCCAGGGCUCUGGUUUGACUUGUGAUUUCCAUCUCUUCCUUGCUGCCACCUCUGACUCCAGCUUGCAGGAGUCCGCGGCCUGGCUGGGGAGAUGACGUCCAGGCAGACUUCCCUCUGUGGUCUGGCUGCGCAUGGCUUCUGGUUCCUGGGCCUUGUCCUUGUGAUGCAUGCAUGUGCUAGACCUGCCAACCACUCAUCCAUUCGGGAAAGAGCGGCCAACAGGGAGGAAAAUGAAAUCAUACCCCCAGACCACUUGAACGGGGUGAAGCUGGAGAUGGACGGGCACCUCAACAAGGACUUCCACCAGGAAGUUUUCCUGGGAAAGGACAUGGAUGGGUUUGAUGAGGACUCAGAGCCACGGAGAAGCCGGAGGAAGCUGAUGGUCAUCUUUUCCAAGGUGGAUGUGAACACUGACCGGAGGAUCAGCGCCAAGGAGAUGCAGCACUGGAUUAUGGAGAAGACAGCAGAGCACUUCCAGGAGGCUGUUAAGGAGAACAAACUGCACUUUAGGGCUGUGGACCCUGAUGGUGAUGGCCGUGUGUCCUGGGAUGAGUAUAAAGUGAAAUUUUUGGCAAGCAAAGGCCACAAUGAGAGGGAGAUUGCGGAAGCCAUCAAGAACCAUGAGGAGCUGAAAGUGGAUGAAGAGACUCAGGAAGUCCUUGGGAACCUCAGGGACCGCUGGUAUCAGGCGGACAACCCUCCCGCAGACCUGCUCCUGACUGAGGAUGAGUUCCUUUCGUUCCUUCAUCCCGAGCACAGCCGGGGCAUGCUCAAAUUCAUGGUCAAGGAGAUCGUUCGGGACUUGGACCAGGAUGGUGAUAAGCAGUUGUCUCUGCCUGAGUUCAUCUCCCUGCCCGUGGGCACUGUUGAGAACCAGCAAGGCCAAGACAUUGAUGACAACUGGGUGAAAGACAGGAAAAAAGAGUUUCAGGAACUGAUUGAUUCUAACCAUGAUGGGAUUGUGACCAUGGAGGAGCUAGAGAACUACAUGGACCCCAUGAACGAAUACAAUGCCCUCAAUGAAGCUAAACAGAUGAUCGCCAUUGCUGAUGAGAACCAGAACCAUCACCUGGAGCCUGAGGAAAUCCUCAAGUACAGCGAGUUCUUCACUGGCAGCAAGCUGAUGGACUAUGCCCGCAAUGUGCACGAGGAGUUCUGAGCAUGCCCUCACCUGGGGCCAGGGUGCCAGUGCCUGUAUGACCCUGCCCAUCUCUUGAGGAGGCUGUGGUCCAGGGAGACCUGUGGUUGACUGGGUCUGCAUUGGGUCUGAAAUGCUACCUGCCCUGUGUCUGCGGCUACCAUAGGCCCUAAAAGUGCUGUCCCAGAACCUUCCUUUUUCUGCUGUGUCCAUAUGCUCUGGCUCAGCUCCUGCCACAGCAUGGCCCAGGUUUAUUAAAGAUACGCUUACUAGGCUAUGUGUCCUCUCCAGCACGUGUCUUGAGGCAGCAGCUCGUCUGUUCCAGUCACGAGCUGAACUGCAUCUGCUCUACCAAUGUCUCUCUUGCUACACUUGCUUCUGAGAACCGAUUGGAGUGGUUGUUCUGGUGAGGGUGCUGCCUGCAUCAGGGCCAGGAGCUCUGGGCCCCUCCAUGUGCUUACCACACUGUGGAAAUAAUGCGUCUCUUGCAGUUUCCUUGAAAACUGAAAGAAUAAGAUAAAAUUAGAUCAUAUUUCUCUGGAAGUGACCAGCUUCUGGUAAAGGGUGGCAGACCGUUGGGGUAGGGUCUUCCUCAAACUCCCCCAAAUCAUGCAGGACACCUGACUGCCCUGUGAGAAAGUGCAGGUGUUUGUUGUCACAAGAAUCGUUACUUUAAAAUAGAAUUGCCUUUUCUUCACA